UCUCCCGCUGCCUUUCCCCGAGGUUGCGCUCCUGCUCUGUCUCCAGUGUCCCUGCGGCACGGCAGGACGCGCGUCCCCGCUGACACCGGACUCCCCCGCUCCCUUUGACGCACGGACCCCGGUUAAAGCCCGCGGCGGCAUGCGGUGCGCUCUGCGUAAAGGUUAGAAGAGAGGGAGGCGGAUCGCUGUCCGGACACCUCUGCCGCGCUGCACCCCGGGGUCGCGCUUUGUCUGCAACUGAGGACCCCCGCUUUUUCUCUUUCUUCCCUCCUGGAGAAUGGAAGAAAACGGAAAGGACUGCGAGGAGGACGCCCAGUGCGCCGAGGAGGAGGAGGAAGAAGAAGUGGAUCCAAGGAUCCAGGGAGAGCUGGAGAAGCUGAACCAGUCCACAGACGACAUUAACCGCUGGGAAAGUGAGCUGGAGGACUGCCGCCAGAGGUUUCGCGCCGUGCUGGUCGAAGCCACAGUGAAGCUGGACGAGCAGGUGAAGAAGAUUGGACGAGCUGUGGAUGACUCCAAACCUUACUGGGAAGCCCGCAAAGUGGCGAGACAGGCCCAGAUCGAGGCCCAGAAAGCCACUCAGGAGUUCCAGCGGGCAGUGGAGAUCCUCCGAGCCGCCAAAGAGACCAUCGCCCUGGCCGAGGAGAGGCUGCUGGAGGAGGAUAGCCGGCAGUUCGACUCCGCCUGGCAGGAAAUGCUCAACCACGCCACGCAACGGGUGAUGGAGGCAGAGCAGGCGAGGACGCGCAGCGAAGCCGAGCACAGGAAGACUGCGGCCAACUACAACUCCUCCAUCAGCCACAUGAGGCAGCUGGAGAAGAAACUGAAGCGCUCCAUCAACAAAUCCAGACCGUAUUUUGAACUGAAAGCAAAGUAUUAUCUGCAGCUUGAGCAACUGAAGCGUCACGUGGACGAGCGUCAGGCCAAGCUCGUCGUCGCCAAAGCCGAGUACCGCGCGGCGUUACGCAACCUGGAGAGCAUCUCCGAGGAGAUCCACGCCCAGCGGCGCUCGCUCGCCAUGGGGGCCAGAGAGCAAGGCGUCGGCGCCGAGGGGGACGGAGGCAACGAGGACAUCGCCAACUUCAAGAUGGAGUCGGACGGUCUGUCGAUGGUGUCGGUGUCCAUAGACGAAGAGGGCAGUCACAGCAGCGGCUCGGAGGAGGAGCACGACUCCCACUCCACCUCCUCCCCCCAGGCGAUGCCCUCCUCGCCCUCCUCCUUCUGCUCCCACCCCUCCACAUCCGCCCCCUCCACCCCGCUCGACAUGCCCUGCUCCUCCCUGUCCUCCUCGUCCUCCUCCUCCUCCAUCGUCUCCUCCUCCUCCGGUCUGGGCCCUGCAGACCUAGCCGGCCCCUGUGGCCCUCACUGCCCGGACUCAGCGUGCGGCUCUGGGCACGCCUCGCCUCUCCUGGGCCCUCGCAGCCAGUGCAGCGGGGCCUCCUCUCCGGACUGCGACCAGGAGAGAGGUGACAGAGCGGAGGGAGCCGAGGCGACUUUAGAGGCCGGCCUGAAGAAGCUCGCCGUGACCGUAGCUCAACAAGAAGAAGGGGACUCUGCAGACGAGCGGGAUCCACACUACACCGACCCCGAAAUCUCAUCUCCUGGCUCUGCAGCGGCCGUCUUACUCCUCAACAGCGUCUAACUAACAUCCGUCCGACCUUAUGACCCCUCAAAGUGGACUGUCGGGGGCCGAGGAGGUGCGGCACAGCUGAGCUGACAUCAGUAUUGUGUUAAAAUGCAAAAGCACUUGAAAAAGGUGCUUACAUUGAGUGUUUUAAAUCAGUAUAUCAUUGUUGUUUAAAAUGUGAAAACACUUUGGAUUACUGGCUUUUUGAAGGUAAAACUGUCCCCGUUAUUCUGCUGCAGAGACUCAUAAGCCACUUUAAUUUUCUUGCCAAAAGGAGACAAUGUCUUCUUCAUUCGUGCCAUAAAACCUGUGUGUGUUACGUACUAGAGGCUUCCAGUUCCUUCAGUGACAGUGCAACGUGUGUGUGUGUAGCCAUGCAGUGUCCCGGUUAAUAUGCUAAACUUUAAUUGGUGUUAACUUAACACGCUGCAGCUGGAACCACUCUUAGACUUUUUGUGUCAAUGUGAACGGCGAGCCUGUUUUCUGGCUCCACAUUAGCAUCCGAAACACGCCGUCUGAUGUACAUCUAGGUCUGCAUUCAGUCAUUUGUGGGGUUUGAUUCAGUAGAAAUAAUGGUCCGGGAGAAACUGGAGUGCAAACAGCACUCAAGAGCACUAAACUAAAGAGACUUAAAA